GGGGGUCGGUCCUCCAGGAUCCCAUAAUGCCCUGCGCGCCCCGCCGCGGCCCAGUGCCCCCAGUAUGGACCAGUACAUCCUGCUGGGCCGCAUCGGCGAGGGUGCGCACGGAGUCGUCUUCAAGGCCAAGGACCGGAAGACCGGGGAGCUGGUGGCCCUGAAGAAGAUCCCAUUGCGGCGCCCUGAGGAGGGGCUGCCCCCCCAGACCCUGCGGGAGAUCAAGGCCCUGCGCCACAUCGAGGAGCACCCCCAUGUUGUCCGCCUGGGGGCGGUGUUCGCGGCCGGCCCCGCCGUGGUCCUGGCUCUGGAGCUGCUCGUGGGGGACCUGGGGGGGCUCCUGCGCUCGGCGCCGGCGCCCUUGGCCCCCCCCCGCGUACGGGCGCUGCUCGCCAUGACCCUGCGGGGGCUGAGCCACUGCCACCGGCACCACGUGAUGCACAGGGACCUGAAGCCCGCGAACCUGCUGCUGGACGCCCACGGCCGCCUCAAGCUGGGGGACCUGGGGCUGGCGCGGGUGCUGGGCCCCCCUUGCACCCGCCCCUACAGCCACCAAGUGGCCACCAGGUGGUACCGAGCCCCGGAGCUGCUCUACGGCGCGCGGGACUACGAUGAAGGCGUUGAUAUCUGGUGAGUGCCCCCCCCC